AUGUCUUUAGUACAAGGUUAUAGUUCAUCUGAAGAAGAACCUAAUGAUCAAUUGAAAGAACUUCAACCACCAGCAAAAAAGCAGAAAACAAUUACAUAUGAUAACGAUACUUUUGAAGCACAGUAUAAAUUACAAGAACAACAAAAGAUAAAAGAAGCUAAAGCCAAAGCAAAAGAGUUAAAACUACGACGUAAACACAAAGGAGGAACACCAUGGGCGUCAAUAUCAUCUGAUGAUGAACAAGUAUAUCAACCAAAUGAACAAACAAACGAAGAAACAGCAAUAGAAGAAGAAGAAGAAGAGACUUUUAAACCCUCCUCCAAAUUUGUUGGAGCUAGCGAGUGUGAUUAUCAAGGUAGAUCAUAUAUGUAUAUUCCCAAUGAAUUAAAAAAAAUGGAACCACAACCAUGUUUUGUACCCAAGCAAAUAAUUCAUACAUUUAAUAAUGCACAUCCAAAAGGUGUUAAUAAAUUAGAGUUUUUUCCUAAAUAUGGUCACUUAUUACUUUCAUGUGGUAAUGAUGGAUCUAUUAAAUUAUGGUCAGUAGACAAGACUUACGAACUUCUUAGAAUUUUCAAUGGCCAUAAAUUAGCGGUAAAAGAUGUCACAUUUAACUCUAGUGGUGAUAAAUUUUUGAGUUGUGGAUAUGACAGAGUCAUCAGAUUGUGGAAAACCGAAAAUGGUGAAGUACUAAGAUCUAUCUCCACCUCAGCUGUACCCAAUGUUGUACGUUUUAAUCCAGAAAAUGAUUCAGAAUUUAUAGUGGGCUUAUCAAACCAUAAAAUAGAACAUUAUGAUUUAAAUGCGUUGCACAAUCCAAUACAAGUUUAUGAUCAUCAUCUAGGUUCAAUCAAUGAUUUACUUGUAUUAGAUAAUGGUUUUGCUUCUACAUCUGAUGAUAAAUCAGUCAGAGUUUGGAAAUGGCAAAUAAAUAUACCUAUAAAAGUUAUCUCUGAUCCAACACAAUUUUCAACUCCUUCAAUAAAGAAACAUCCAAAUACUAAUUAUAUUGCUUUACAAAGUAUGGAUAAUACCGUGAAAGCUGUUCAUUCGACAGGAAAAUUCCAUUGGAAUAAGAAUAAAAUAUAUCGUGGUCAUCAAUGUGCUGGAUAUGGAAUUGAAAUUGAAAUAACUCAUGAUGGUAAAACAAUAAUGAGUGGAGAUGCAAAAGGUUAUGCAUUUUUUUGGGAUUGGCAAAGUAAAAAAAUAAUCAAAAAAUUGAAAUUAAAUAAUAGCUUAAUCAAAUGUAUUAGGUUUCAUCCUUUAGAAAGUAGUAAAGUUGCUAUAGCAGGUGUAUCUGGUGAUAUCCACAUAUGUGAUUGA